AUGGAGUCUUUAUCCAGCGGCUGCAUCUCUGAGGUGCAGGCGAUAGCGAUCAUGAAGUCGCACGAGUCACAUCCUUCGUUUGGCCGCCUCGUCAUGCUCGUCUUUGAGGCCGUCAUGGAGGUCGUGUGCGUCAGUUUGCCAGGCUACAUCAUCGCGCGCCUGGGCCACUUCGAUGCCGAUAAGCAAAAGUUCCUUGCCAACCUCAACGUGAUGCUGUUCACGCCGUGUCUGAUUUUUACAAAACUCGCGUCUCAACUUGACGGCGACAAGUUCAUCGAGCUCGGCAUCAUUCCGAUAAUCUUUGUCGUCAUGACCGCCGUGUCGUACAUUGUGUCCAAAGUCGUGACAAGGCUUUUUGGCUUCAACAGACGGGCCGCCAACUUUGUGACUGCCAUGGGUACACUGAAAGGCCUGCACUGGGACAGAGUUCCCCGCGACAAUGACGACGAAGUCGCAGCGCGCGGCAUUCUAUACCUGAUGAUCUUCCAGCAGCUCGGCCAGGUGCUCCGUUGGAGCUGGGGCUACCACGUCCUGCUAGCGCCCAAGUCGAAGUACGAGGAGUACAACCAAGACGCCGCGGAGGAAGGCCGGUAUCGCGACGACCCCGAAGGCGACGAGACUGCUCAGGGUGGUAGUCAUCCCAUCAUCGUGGGCGUGACUACCCAAUCCGAUGAGGGUAACGACGAGAAUGACGAUGACGAUGACGACGACGAUGACGAUCUUUUGGCUCACAGCCCUGUCACGGAGUAUUCGGACGUCUUUGUUCCGUCGGGACGAACGCCCGUGGCGCCGCGGUCGCGUGGCUCGCCGUAUGCAUCGGACGCUGAAGACGACAACGGCGGCGGCAGCCAAGGCAAGCGCACGCCAAAGAAGCGCAGCUCGAAGCAGCACAUUCGCACCGUCAGCAGCAGCGACUUUUCCGGCCUAACUGCUGCGAACGGCGGCGUUCCUGGACUGGACAGCCAUAUUCUGUCGUUCCCACGCAUUCGCAACAUCAACGAGCCUGAAAUUCCCGAGGGCCUCGAGGGCGUCAGGGUGCGCUUCGACAUCUACCACCACCGCGCCGCCAACUGGCUGGCGGCGAGUGGCAGCCGCAUCUAUGCGUCGCUGCCCACCCCUCUGCAAAAGGUCGUGGUCGUGGUUCAACAUGUCGCUUCGCGGGUGUCGGGUUUCCUGUGGGAUUUCAUGAACCCGCCGCUGUGGGCCAUGCUGAUUUCUGUGAUUGUUGCGUCGUUCCCCGAACUCAAGCGUCUGUUUUUCGAGGAGGGCACGUUCAUCAACAACAGCGUCACGAGCGCAGUCACCUCGACGGCAGGUGUCGCUGUACCCCUCAUUUUGGUGGUACUUGGCGCCAACCUCGCACGCAACACACAAACCCAAGCGUCGCACGACCCGGAGGAGGCCCAGAUUGGCAAGCGUCUCCUCAUUGCAUCGCUCGUCUGCCGCAUGGUGCUGCCCACGCUGAUCAUGGCUCCCAUUUUGGCCCUGUUUGCCAAAUACGUGCCGGUGUCCAUCCUCGACGACCCCAUAUUUGUCAUUGUCUGCUUCCUGCUGACGGGCGCCCCCAGUGCCCUGCAGCUGGCGCAGAUCUGCCAGAUCAACGCCGUCUUUGAGCGGACCAUGUCCCAGAUCCUCUUCCAGAGCUACGUGAUUUGGAUCCUGCCCUCGACGCUUAUUCUCGUUGUAUGCGCACUCGAGGUCGUCGAGUGGGCCAAGUAA